AUGUUUCUACGAGUUUGUUUAACCUUUUUCUGUGUGAUCUUCUCCUGUUAUCUUGUUCAAAACAACGAAGAAUGUCAAUUAACUAAUAGUAAUGAUCAAAUCGACGAUUGUAACUGCCGUAUAUCGGACUUGAAUGAACUCAAUAAUCAACACAUCUAUCCAUUACUGCAGGAAAUCGUUUCCAAGAAUUACUUUCGUUUUUUUCCUGUCAACUUACGCAAAAAAUGUCUGUUUUGGUCGGAUGACGGUCAAUGUUCACGUCGUACAUGUGCAAUCAAACCAUGUCCUAUUGAAAACUUACCCGAAGCAUUGCGUGGUAAAACCAUUCAUGACAAUGAACACUGUUCAAUGCUUGAUACGAACUCUUCACUUGGAUCGAUCAAUACAAACAUCAGUGAAGAGCAUAAAGAAACCAUUAAGAUUUGGACGCAAUUCGAUGAUGUGCAAUUGGAUAAUUUUUGUGAUGUAGAUGAUGAAUCGUCGACUGAUUUGGAAUAUAUUGAUUUAUUGGCUAAUCCUGAACGUUACACUGGUUACACAGGAGCGUCAACUCAACGCAUCUGGUCGGCUAUUUAUAAUGAGAACUGCUUUUUCCUGCCUGAUUCAAAGAUUUUCUACGAUCUGCGAGAAAAACGUCUGAAUAUCAAUAAAAUGUGUCUGGAAGGUCGAACAUUUUAUCGUCUUAUAUCAGGUCUUCACACCAGCAUCACCAUACAUUUAUGUGCUCGAUACUUCUUUCCAACAGUCGCCGGUGGCUACACGGGUUCCGAUGGACACUGGGGUCCAAAUUUUGACGAAUUUAAACUUCGUUUCGAUCCCGAAAUCACGGCAGGUGAAGGACCAAAAUGGUUGAAAAAUGUCUACUUUCUCUAUCUGAUCGAAUUACGUGCACUUCACAAAGCACGCGAUAUAUUCCAAGAACAAACUUUUUUCACUGGAAAUGACACGGAUGAUUCACAUACGAAAGUCUUAAUAGUGGAGAAAUUAUUGGAGAAAAUCGAACCAUUUGCGAAUUACUUUACUGAAGACCUCCUGUUCCAAAAUGAUAACGAUCUAUUGAAAUUUGAAUUCAAACAACAUUUUCGGAAUGUUAGUCGAAUUAUGGAUUGCGUUGGUUGUGACAAAUGUCGAUUAUGGGGAAAACUGCAAGUACAAGCCCUAGGCACAGCACUGAAAAUUCUCUUUGCCAAUCACGAUUCAAUACAAUUGCAACGUUCGGAAAUGGUUGCACUACUCAACGGCUUCAAUCGUAUCUCAACAAGUUUAUAUCAUCUCAAAAAUACGUUCAAAUCCUGUGUAAAGAAAGAGACUUAG